GGGGAAAAGCCAAUCCUAGGUGGAACAGGUAACCGGUAAUAAGCAUCUCUUUGCUCUCUCCGAUCGUCUUUACUACCUCUUUGAUUCUUCCUCCAGCUUUCUCUCUCAGACAAACAGAUCUUACAUUCGUCUCAAAGUUUCCUUUCAGAGAUGAAGACAGGAAAGGGGAAAGGUAAAGCUAAGACCACUAAGGAAGCCUUGAAGCCAGUUGAUGACAGAAGGGUGGGAAAGAGGAAGGCACCGGCUGAGAAGCCUCAGCCUAGCAAGCGGGAGAAGAAGGCCAAGAAGGACCCUAACAAACCCAAAAGAGCUCCUAGUGCCUUCUUUGUCUUCCUGGAAGAUUUUAGGCAAACGUUUAAGAAAGAGAAUCCAGAUGUGAAGGCUGUCUCUGCUGUUGGGAAAGCUGGAGGGCAGAAAUGGAAGUCAAUGUCUCAGGCCGAAAAAGCUCCAUAUGAAGAGAAAGCUGCAAAGAGGAAAGCUGAAUACGAAAAGCAAAUGGAUGCAUACAACAAAAGCUUGGAGGAAGGGAGUGAUGAAUCUGAAAAUUCUCUAUCCGAAGUGAAUGAUGAAGAUGAAGCUAGUGAGGAGGAAGAGAAGGUGGAGAAGGGAAAGGCAGGUGAGGACGAAGAUGAUGAUGACGAUGAUGAAGAAGAUGAGGAAGAUGACGAGGAAGAAGACUAAACUGGAGAUAGAGAUCAGAGUUUGGAUCUCGAGCGUAACUGCAGGUCCAAAAGCAGAAGUAAGUAUUUUGUAAUUUGUGUGUGUUGACAACUAUAGAUCGAAAUGGUGUGUUGUGCUUCUUUUUUUUUUUUUUCCCUAAGAAAGCCAAACAGUUCUUAGCGGUUCAUGUAAGUUUAUUUCAGCUUUCUAUCCACGACGUACAGUUUACCAAGACA